CUCCUCCUCCUCGCGCGGCGCAGUGAAAAUUCCCACAGUCUUGAAGGCAGCAGGGAUGCUGCUGCCUUGGAUCCCCAUUACCUCGUUAGCAGGUUGCGAGCUAGCUGGAUACAGGCGGCACGGACUGAGAGCGGCUUCGAGGGGGGUGUCCCACCCGUUUUAACACCAGCUGAAGGACUCCGCGGCGCGCGUCGGCUCCCGCAGCUGCGGCGAUAACUCCCAAACUUCGGCGAAAUGACGACGCGGUCGGAGCGAGAAAAGGCGCAGAAGCUGAACGAGCAGCAUCAGGUCAUUCUGUCCCAGCUGCUGCGGGAGGAAGACAACAAGCUCUGUGCCGACUGCGAGGCGAAAGGUCCUCGAUGGGCGUCAUGGAACCUCGGGGUGUUCAUGUGCAUCCGCUGUGCCGGGAUCCACCGCAACCUGGGGGUCCACAUCUCCAGGGUCAAGUCUGUCAAUCUGGACCAGUGGACACCUGAGCAGAUCCAGAGUAUGGUGGACAUGGGCAACAGCCGGGCCAAGCGGCUGUAUGAGGACCACCUACCGGAGAGCUUCAGACGGCCCCAGACGGACCAAGCAGUGGAGGUCUUCAUCCGGGACAAGUACGAGAGGAAAAAGUACUACAACAAGGAGGCCCUGGCUGCAGCGCCGAAGGAAAAGAAAAAAGAGGAGAAGAAGAAAGAGAAGGACGGCGACAAAGGGGAGAGACUCAACAACGCAAAGUCAGAGUGCAAAGCCGGGGCCAAGGAGGGCGCGGAGCCGGCCGUGGACCUGCUGGGUCUGGAUGCUCCAGAGGGGGCUGCACCAAUCAGCGAGGAGCCGGACAUCUUUGGACCAAUGGUCUCCAACCCUCUCCCAUCUUCCAACAGCACCCAGCAGCCCGGCUCUGGUGCAGCACCUCAGCAGGCGGACCCCUCCACCUCCUCCUCCGCUUCCUCCUCCACUUCCACCACCACCACCACCAAGGCGGAGGAGAAGAAGAAGCUUCUAUCGAAGGACUCCAUCCUGUCUCUGUACGCCAGCAGCUCAGUGGCCAGUCAGCCGCAGAGCCACCAGCAGCCUGCGCCGGGACAAGCAGGAAUGUACGCGGGCCAGCCUCAGAUGCAGUUCACCCCGCAGGGCUUCACGGGGGCGGCCGGAGCCGUCCCGCCCUCCGCCGCCACCAUGAUGGGCGGGGGGGCCGUGAUGUCCGGCGUGGCUCUGCCCAACGGGGGCUUGGUGGGCCUGCAGCAGCAGGGCGGGGUGCCAGCCAACCAGGGGCAGAACAUGUACAGCAUGCAGCAAGGACAGUGGAGCAUGAGCCAGAUGUCCCAGCAGAUGUCGGGCAUGGCGGUGAGUGGCGGCCAGUCAGCGGCCGGCUGGCCCGCGGACCCCCCGCCGGCUUCUGGCCAGACCCUCAGCACUCAGCUGUGGAAGUCAUAAGCAGGAGGUCCGAAGGAGAAGUGGGCGUGGCGGGGGGGAGUCGUAUGGCACAGCCCAAUAAUGUGCUCCCGACCCACACAGAAGGAGCCGAUUAAAGAACGCACAACGGGGGUAGUUUGACUGCCUUUACUGCCCACCACGGGAAAAAAGUAAAAUAAACCCUGCGUGAGACCAGAUGACACAACGCUGGACGGAGCGGCGGGAGGGAGACCGUCGUUUCCCGCCCACAUUUAGCUUCUUUCUCUUUGUUGUUGUUGUCGUCUGAAGAGAGAGACCCCGAGAAAGCUGCUGGACCGAUAACUCAAGUGUCUCUUAUAGUAACUAUGUAUCCUUACCAAAGUGGGUAGUUAGUGAGUAGUCUUUCAAUGCAGUAGAUAUGGCUAUUUUGUGGUUGCUCCCUCCCUUUGCUGUGCAUAUUGUAACCCCCCCCUCCCUCUCUGUAGGGCAGAUAGUCGUCUGAUCAGUACUGUAUAUUUGUGAUGAUGAUGUGAACCUCCAGCUGUUUUCAGAGCCAUAGGAGAGAGCUCCAUGCCUCUCCGUUACAUUACUCCAUUACUUAGAUUGGUAUUUCCAUCUUCCUCGUUGACGUUCCAGAGGAUGUGCGGGUUACUUUAAAGCAUCCUGUGGGGGUUUACAGUAGCAGCGCUAAAUAGGGGGUUUCAAGCUGCUCACGGUGGAGCGUCACGUCCUUCUCGUCCCUGUUGGUGCACGUGCUGUGGAAUGAUUGGCAGGUGAUGGUGGCAAAUGUAAAUUUCAGCCAUUUCGCAAAACUUGUGACACAUCUUCGCAAAAGAUGUGACAGCAAUGUCAAAUUGAGACAAAGGCAUUAGCCUAGCUUAGCUUCUAGACUUAGAGCAAGGCUGUUCCCACCUGCUUUAUUUAAAAGUUUUAAAAAGAAACUUUAAGAGAACCAUCAAUGAAAAAAAAAAGCUCAUAGAUUUACUGAAAAUACCGUUUUUGUUUUUGGUGUAAACAUUUUAAAAUGUACUUUUACAUGCAGAUGAUUCAUUGCGGUUUGUCACACGGCGGCUGGUUAUAAACAGCCCAACGGGUGACUUCUAGUGAUUGCUGGGCGCCCCGGGACCCCCGCUGGGUGUCUGAUUCUCCUUCGUCCCACUGAAGAUUUUCCUUGUAGAAAUGAGCCGUUUCCUCUGCGCUCCCCGGCGCAUAUUAAUGCGCAGCUGGAAUCGCCGCAGUACGUCUGUACUGCACUUUAAAUAGUAGAGUAGGUAGUAUCCCAAAUUGUGUUGCGUUUUCAGCAGUCAGGUCGUUGUCAUGGAAACGGCAGAGACCAGCGUUCUGUCGGUUCACUUCCAGCAGGGACUUCUACGAUCUGUCUUUUUCUUUUAACUGGACCAAUGUUGCUUCCCUCAUGUGUGACGCUUUAACUGUAUAUUCUGCCAUCCACCAUCUCUGAUGUGGUGUUUUAUUGUGAGCAGUACAAGAGAAGCACAGUUAUUCUGAAGCAAUUAAACCUGGGUGACCAAUCAAUGGGCCAGACGGAUGGGGGACAGAAUUGGACAGCGCUGACAAAAGGUGACCUUUAUGAAAAACGCUGCAAGGGUCCCAUCGCUGUCCAGUCCUUGUUUAUUCAGAGCAGAGUAGAGUAUGCUCCUACAGAGUAGUAGGAGCAAGAGUAGAACUUAAUAAACGUGCAUACUCGUGGGAUCAGAAGUAUAAAUACACGUGUCUGUGCUGAAUAUUUGAAACGGUUUCAAUACUCAUUUUGAACAGCAUGGACACACUGGUACCUGCUGCGCUGCCUUUCUGCUGUCUCCAAUGCCGACACACACACACACACAGUGCUACUUAUCCUUUAAUAAAGAUCUCAGAUUUUA